CCUGUUUAUUUUCCUUUUCAGAUAUCCAGACAAGGUGCACUUUCAUUUCUUCAUACCUUCAGGACAUGACGUGAAAUUAUAUUAUUACAAGCUGAAAGUGUUAUUUCCGCAUUCCAACCUUGAAGUUCUCGAGCAGAAGGAAGUUAAAGAAAUAUUGGAGACUGUUACCUCACAAGGCGAAUAUGGUGUACCCUCUUUUCAUGAAAUGGCCCCAUUUAUCAUCCCAAUAGCUCAUCCAUCAAUUAGCAGGUUCAUUUACGUCUCUCCAGAUAUAAUUGUGAAGGGAACGAUUGAAGAACUAUAUGUAGUUGAUCUGGACAUGUAUGGAGCUGCUGCUGCUGACGACUGUACUAAAAACUUGAGUGCCUAUGUUAAAUUUGAUGUUCUGGAUGCAAUUCAAAGAUCAGCAUCUAAUCCUUGGGUAUCUAAAGAACCUUAUGAAAGAAGUGCUUGUGUGCCUGAUCUUGAUGUGAUUUUAAUUGAUUCAAGGACAUCGAACAUUGAUAUGGUUGAAGCCAUAUUGUGGUGGAGCAGAAUUCUGAAUAUAGGGAGUGAAAGGAAAACUCAGAUACAUCCAGCAGUUGUAUUGACACUUUACAAUAGGUAUCUUAAGCUUCCUGCCACCUGGAGGGUCGAGGAGUCAAGGUCAUCUCCCGAACAUGAGAGCGGAGUUCUACGGUAUGAUGGACCCAGGAAGGUAUGCAAUGAACUUGGCAAUGUGAAGACUGUGGAAUCAAAUUUAGGCAAUAUCUGGGAGCAGUAUAAUCCCCAUAUCUCGGAUUGAUUUUUGGGCAUUUAAAACUGGACAAAAGUUUCUCAUGGUGCUGGCAUCAGCAGCCUGCAUGGUGUAAAGUUGGAGCUUCCAAGAUGUCUGUUUGUAGCAUUUAAAAAUGAGUCUCAGCAACUGACCCUUUCAGCCCUCAGGUGCUUCUACAGCAUGUGGAACAUUGAGACUCAUAGCACUUCAAGAUGUCCUUGGACCAGCUCUCUUAUGCCAGCUUGAUGGCUCUUAUGACCAUUGGGUUGUUUUCCAAAAUCCUUACCAUUAUAAUCUCAAUUCAGUAUACAUUGCUUAGGUUGCUUGCUGUAUCAGGUAGUGUAAAUUUUCUGAUGUUUAUAUUUGAAAUUAUUUAUUUAUGUCUUAAAACUGGAGUGUUUCAUUCUUUGACCAUUUAUCUUCUUAAUGAAAUGUCAAUAUGAAUUUCCUGA